CCUUAACAUAAAAGCGACACAGAUUGUCCAUUGAGCCGCUGUUUUUGAAGUCCGACGACAAGGGCUUCUUCAGGACAUUUAGUUAGUUUAAUAUGAGCGAUAGAAAAAGUCGCAAUGCACCUCGUGGAAUGACCGAUGAUAGAGUUAGAGGAGUGGUCAAGUGGUUUAACGUUAAGGCUGGAUAUGGCUUCAUUACUCGGUCUGAUACCUCAUCCGAUAUAUUCGUGCAUCAAACAGCUAUUUCGAGAAAUAACCCAGGAAAAAUGCAGCGCUCACUUCAGGAAAAUGAAGAAGUUGAAUUUUUUGUUGUCGAGGGAGACAAAGGUGUAGAGGCCUCUGAUGUCACUGGGCCUGACAGAAGGCCGGUAAAGGGUAGUGCCUAUGCCGCAGAUCGUCCUUACGGGCGAAGCCCCAGGGAGUAUGGAGCGCGCGGUGAUAGGAACGACUCGAAUGGUUAUAGAAGCAAUGGGUUUGGAUCGUAUCGUGCAAGAGGGAGAGGACGCGACGGACCCAGGGUUGGUGGUGAUUUCUCAAGGAGAUUUGAAGAACGCAAUCCACGGGAUCGCAGCCGUGGAUAUGGAGUGAGGGAUAAUGGUGGUUAUUACUCUAGCCCAUACUAAUUUCAAUCUAUGUUGUACAUAUUGCAUUUUUAAUGCCUAAUUUGUACAUUUUAUCUCGUAAUAUCUUGUUCUAGUUGAAAGUCAUUUUUCUGUGGAUAUCACGAUAUAUGCAUUUAUAUGUAUCUAAAAUAAACUUGCAAUUUUCGUUUAAACCUUGGAAGUUAAAAACUUAGUAACUGCGUCCAGUUCAGGUAAGCUUCGCUUAGAGCAUGUGUCUGUUACAAAUCGAAAAUAAAUUGGUUCUAUAGAAAACUCGAAAAAUGCUCGUGCAUCAACAUAGAAUCAGGUAAAAUCUAUUCGAUAAGUCGUCCUCUCGCAAAGAAUUCGUACAAUACCCACAAUCAGUGCCAAUACGACUCAUUCAUUAAACACUGGCUCGACUUUAACUUGCACUGUUAUGCAUUAGUCGUGUGCACAUUCCCCAUGGUACGUGUAGCUGUUGCACUAACUAGAUUCAUCAGUAUAUUUGCUUCUCGAGGCUCUAAUGGUUCGAUAACGAUAUAAACACGUUCAUGUUGUCCCUUCUUCAUUUUAGGAAGCUAGGGUUAAAAUAUUAAUAUAGUUUAAGCUAUUACAACUUGUGCAUCUUGUUAAAUGCUUCCGUUUAGUCAUCAACAUACCCGUUAAUAUGUUGCACAUUCAUCUUGAACUAAUUACCAGAAAGCGUAAUUAAAGAAUUUAACGGUAUUGUAAGGUUUGUAAUUAUUUCAGAACAUAUUUUAAGCAUCUGAAUCAGUCUUCCGCUAAUGGAUACACUUAAAUUGUGAAUAUUUUAGCCCUCGAUUAGUGCUGAGAUGAUAUGCUUGCACAUGAUUCUAGACUCACUUCUGUCGGCGUUUUCCAGAUGCUGGUAAUAAUGCUGACUAGACAACAAUUUUUGUGAUCUACUUCGGAUGUAUUAUGUGACGGUACUCUUAUCGAAUCAUUUUCAUGGUAAAAACUUUGUAUUACAUCACUUAGGUUGUUUACCUUAUUAAUGUUCACAGUUAAGAACAACAAGAGAACGCCAAUUUAUUCCAAAUAAACACGUGAAAAAUUUAAUAAAAACUCAACAUGGCCUUUAUAUACAUAGUUUAACUAAUUCAUCCCGGAGUUGUUUCUCACUCGCAAUUUUGUCCAAUUGGUUAUAUGCCAAAGCUUUUCCGGAUGCUUGUUCUGUUUUUAGUUUCUCAAUCUGCGUCAAUUUCUAUUAUUAACCAGGGGGAAAUAAUGCAAAAUAUAACUACACCAAGUUGUAAUGUAGAUAUUUACUGUUAUAAUUUGUAAUCCGACUUGCUUUUUACCAUUUUUUAUGGUUAGUAAUUCUGUUAGGCGAUGUUAGGACUAAUGGAGAUUCAAUAUUCCUUUCAUAUUUUCAUGUUGUAUGAUCAAUCAGAGUGGCGUCAAUGUAUAAAAUUAAAUCGUGAGAUUAAAUUUGCUUUCUACCUUUCCACUAACUAGUUUGUCACUGUCACUCAACCACAUGUAAAUGAAAUCCGUCGUGCGUGUAAUAAACAAGGGAUAAAAGUUUGUAGGUAAACGGCUACACUAAUCGAGGUUAUUGAGUCAAUUCACACCCAUAAGUGUAAUGACGAUUGAUAAGGCUUAUGUAUAAGGUAAAGCAUGUGAAUCCAUAGUUUAAAGUCGUAAGGGACAUAUUCCGGAAUCGAUCACAAUACACCUGUUUAUCGAAGCCUCAAGUAUACUCUGUCAAUCAUCAUCUGCAACUAUCUGAACGGACAUAUCUUAGUGCUAGUUUUCUUGUUGUUGAUUACGUCUGUUCCAGUACAAAGGAAAUGUAUGAGACUUUGUUUAGCUUAUAGGUUACGGACAGUACGAGACUUAAAGUAUUGAAUAAGUGUAAGCUAAACGUUCACUAACUCCCGUUAAUACAAUGUUAUGAGUAACGAUAGAAACAACCGCUAUAGCAAAACUAUGCACUGUUUUUUUGUAGAAAUGUCAACUGACAUUCACAUCACUGACGAAUACCACCUCCAAAGGAGAAUGUAAUGGGCGCAAUAACUGCUAGGUGACUAAAGAGAACUUCUCGUUUCAAGUCGUGAAAACAAAAUUACCAAUAUAUUACUUUACAGUCUAUCUGAAAUUACCAGUAGCUAUAAUGAUAAAAUGCAAGGGGUUGUGACAUUGUAGUAGACAUAAUAUCGAACAUAUGUAAAUAAAGAGAUUGGAUAGAAUGCGACAAUGAACUCACUUUGUGUAUCUGGUUGACUUGCUUUUGGUUCUUUGGGUCUGAUGCAACUGGGUGGGUGCAUUUAUGAUUAGAUUUAUUCGAAGAAAAUGUGGUUUUUUGAUUCGAACCAGUAGCUAAACAAGAUUCAAAAUAAGUUAGCGAGUUCUACAAAACUUGCUUUCAUCACGUCUUAAUUUUAUAUCAUUCAUAAAAGAGCUUCUGAGUUGAGAGAGUUCAUUGAACUCGACAUCAUGACUUUAUGGAAUAGAAAUAAAAAGAUUGUCAGGUAGUGAAAAUAAUUGGGGUAAAUUAGCGAAUCAAGUCUCACACAAGGAUGGAAGAAGGUGGACCAUAAUAAGUCUAGUACUGGGCAGUAAAGCCAUGUUUCAUAAGCAAGUAAGCUUGCGUGACUCCGUGGUUAUAUGAUAAAAAAAACUAGUUGGUGUUUACUAGUAUGUAGUUUCAGCACAAAAUGUGGUCGUUAUUAAAAUUUCAAACCAAGAAAAUUACAGGGAACCCAAAAGCAUUAGACAAUCAUCUCGUCGGAGUCUGGUUCACUUCAGGAGUGCGCCACCGGGACCCACAGUGUCGCAAACGCUUAGUCUCUUGACCUUUGGAGUCAAGGUCAAAUCUCCUCAACUAAAUCAGUACGGCAACACGAAGUUGUGAACAUCAAAUUGAGUCGAAGUAGUCUUCGUAUUAAUAAUAAAGAGAAAGGCUUGACAUUAGGAUGAGUAUGUCUGAAAACAACAGAUAUGUUCGAGUUUGAAAAAUACGAAUUAAUGAUAAAAGUUUUAGAAAUAAAGGGGCAAAAAAGUCCCUUACAACAAAUAGCUUUGUGAGUUUUCAACAAUAAUUUCUUUGAAUACGCCCAUGAUUGAAGGUACUCGGUCAGGAAUUUGCACCCGAUGCCUUUGGACACCCAGUGCUGUGCAUUUCUUACUAUAACUAAGCUUACAUUUUAAUUAUUGCAACAUAUGACUCGCGUGUUUUUGCGCUACAUCACCCUUGACUGACUUCGAGAUCAUUACGUAAGAGAUUGCGGGUAGUAGUGCGUUAAACCUUGCGUAUCGUGACAUCUUUGGAGGGAAACAGAUUGUAAUAACGAUCUGUUCUGAAUCAUGUAUCACAGUGAAUUCACCCACUGGUCGCUUCUGUCAUGGGUGAUUCUAACCAUGUAAUUCAUGUCAACCAUGAUAGCUCGAUUCGACAAUAAAUGUUUUUAACGAUAAUAAUCUAACCAGGCCGGUAUUGUAUACCUACUUAGGCGGUGGUUCAGUUCAAAUGACGUAACCAUCUCAAUUAAUGAUAAGUCACAACCUUAUUAAUCAAUACGCCAUCAUUAGUUAGCUUCAGCAAUACCUCAGAGACAACCAUGACAGUUACAGACUAGUACAUGACGUAAGGAAUAGCAUUUGUUUUAUAAGACUGUUAUUUAGUGACUAGAAAUCUUGAUUGGCAUAAUAAAUUCUUCGAUCGAGAUAGUCAAUACACUAGCAUGAAUUCUAAACAUGUCCUGAUUUGGACCCCUAAUGAGAUGAAUGUACAUAGUAGGAUGAUACGACUGUCUAAUGUUAUCUACUCUUGUUCGAAUCAUUUACUACAGUUUGAUUUUUGAAACUAUGCUUUUCUGAAAAUUGUUGUUGCAAAAACUUUUAAAAAAGGUAGUUACAAUGCUUGUUUUGAAUAAAGUAUGUUGAAUAAUUGGUUAAUUUCAUUGUUGAGACAGCUAAUUCACGUACGCGCACAUGACUUUUAAAUACUAUGUUUAAUCCUCUUAUUAUAAUAAAAGUAUAUUACUAUUCAUACAUACAGUUCGAUUUGAUGUUUAAAUUUUUUGACUGACAUUUAAAUAGUUCAAUCAAACUUGCAAGCAUCAAUUCCAUUUUAUACAUACAAAGUGAAUUAAAACAUGUUUUACAACUGCCAAAGUUUUACUAAUCAUUACAGUUAACUGUAAAUAAAUUAAAUGAUCCCUUUAACCAAUCCUAGUUGGCUUUUUUUUCUUAGCAAUGUGACCUUCUAUUAUUGUACUAAAUGUUGAAAACAGACUUAUUGGUCUAGGUCACAUGCUUUGUUUACGAUGACUAAUAUAGACAAUAUACACACAUUUGAGGUCAUUACUGUCAUUUAGUUGGUUAUGACUUUUAAUACAUAAAAAUCAGUUGUAUAUGAGAAUUAUUGAUUAUUUUUUUUAUUUACUUUUAAUAAAAGGCUUAGUUGGAUUAGAAGGUGUUCUAUGUCCGAUUUCUUUCCAAAUAAUAAGAUAUUUAUUAUUUUUUGAUUUAUAUGGAAAUAAUUUCCGAAAGAAAAACAACCCUUAAAGUAAUAAAUCAAUUAACAUAAAUAGGAAAAAUUAUUUCAGUGAACUUUAACGUUUUCAGCCAAGAUUAAUGAAUUAAAAAAAACGCUUUAAACUUUCAUUCAAAGACUCUUAAUUAUUCCAGAACUAAGUCCACUAUAUGCGUUUUUUUAAUGUUCACAACAUAAGUUAAUUGAUAGGUAUCAAAACAAAAAGGCUAACCAUACAU